AUGUUGAUUCUAUUUGCUGAUAUGUUUCCACUGAUGAAUGAUGCACGGCUUGGUUUGCGCAAGUUGACACCAUCCAUGGUUGCAGUACCAUUGGCCCGCAUUCCAUCCAGUUCCAUUGUUGGACGGUGGCUUCAAUUCGAGAGAUACGACGCCGACGUUGCACCAGAAUACAGAAAGAAGGAAACAUGCCAAAAACACGACUUCUUUUUUUUCCAAGAAAAAAAGACUUCUGUUCAAAUCUGA